AUGAUGGAUUUUGGUUAUGGAAGUAAUAAUGGUACUGGGUCUGGAGAUGAACAAGAGGCAGGCUCCAGUUCUCGCAAAAACAAGAAACACUAUUAUCGCCACACUGCCUACCAGACACAACAGCUUGAGGCGUUCUUCAAGGAAUGCCAACAUCCAGAUGACAAUCAGCGGCGUCAACUGAGCAGGGAAUUGGGUCUUGAGUCUAAGCAGAUCAAGUUUUGGUUUCAGAACAAGAGGACUCAGACAAAGGCCCAGAAUGAGAGAGCUGACAACAAUGCUCUUAAGGUAGAGAAUGAAAAAAUCCAAUGUGAGAACCUUGCAAUCAGAGAGGCUCUCAAAAAUGUGACAUGCCCAAAUUGUGGUGGUCCACCCUUUGGGGAAGAAGAAAGACAACUUAAUGUGCAAAAACUGAAGAUGCAAAAUUCCCAUUUAAAACAAGAGUAUGAAAGAAUGUCCCACUUUAUUGCCAACAUCCUGGGAAAACCAGUUGCGCAAAUUCAAUCAUUGUGCUCAAUGGACUUCCAAUCGCAGACAGAUAUAUUAGGUUUCUCAGCAAGUCAAGGGCUAUUGGGAGGGUCUUCUUCUAAUUCCACUGAUCAGCUUCAACAUCAGUUUCAGCAACUUGAUGACCAUAUUGGGAAUUCAAACAAUAACAAUAAUUCCACAAUGCAACAACAGAUGCAAUACCCGUUAAUGAACGAUUAUGGGAACAACAAAUUUGAGAUGGAAAAAAUGGCCAUGAUUGAGACAGCAGUAAGUGCCAUGGGCGAACUGAUGAGGCUUUUGCGAGUAAAUGAACCAGUGUGGAUCAAGUCCUCCUCCCCCGUUGACCAUGAUGGUGACAGCCGAAGAUCAUCAUAUCUUCUUCAUCGUGACAGCUAUAACAAGCUUUUCCCAAGGUCUAAUCACUUUAAGAGUUCCACUGCCCGGAUGGAAUCAUCCAAAGAUUCCGGUGUGGUGCCAAUGAGUGCAGUGCACUUGCUCAACAUGUUUCUAGACUCGAAUAAAUGGAUGGAUCUUUUUCCUACAAUAGUUACAAAAGCAAGGACAAUUGAAGUAGUUGAUACCAGAAUGUUGGGAGAUCAAGCCGGAUCUUUGCAGCUGAUGUACGAACAAAUGCAUAUAUUAUCACCUCUUGUGGCGCCUCGAGAAUUCUACUUCCUCCGAUACUGUAGAGAAGUGGAGGCAAGUGUGUGGAUGAUGGUUGAUGUAUCAUAUGAAUAUGAUUGCUCCAAAUUAUCAAAAGACCUAGACCCUCGUGGUUCGCCUCCACGAUCAUGGAGGCUUCCUUCCGGUUGCAUGCUUCAAGAUAAGCCUAAUGGAUGUUGCGAGGUUACAUGGGUGGAACACGUGGAAGUGGAUGAUAAAUCCCAAACUCAUCGUCUCUAUAGAGAUUUAGUAUGUGGUGGUUUAGCAUAUGGAGCCCAACGAUGGAUCGCCACUCUUCACCGAAUGUCUGAAAGAUUAGCAUACUCACUAGGGGCAGCCUUAUCUAGACAUGAACUCGGAGGGGCGAAAGAGUUAGCGGUGGCAGUGGAUGAUGAUUUGUCUUCGGCAACAAGUGAUGGAGUUGCAAUGUCAAGUUCAGCAGUGGAGUUGCAGGUGGGUGGAGUUUUGGAGUUUGGAGGUGAGCUGUUGGCUAUGGUGUUUUCCGGUGGUGUGGCCUCGGGAGUGCAGCAGCAUAGGCGUUGUGUAGCCUUGGGAGUGCAGCAGCUUAGGUGUGGGUCUUGGUGUGGUGAAUACGUUGUGUUCAGGCGGGUGGUUGGCUCUAGAGAAGGCGUGGGUGUGGGCCGCAGAGUAGGCGUGGGUGGCGUGGGUCUUGAGUAG